CGGGAGGUGUGACUCUAGCGGUGACUGGCGCAAGUAUCAUCCAAUCAACUGCCCGCGCUCCUGAGUGGGCGGGAAUAACGGUCUUCUUUCCACCAAUGAAAACUCUCCGAGCGAACCUUCCGUCCAAUGAGUAACGAGCCGUCAGCUGACUCUGUUUAGCAGCAUCUAUUGCACGCAAGACUCGAGCUGAGACAGACGCGACUCACUGUGAAUCCAGAACUCAUGUGAAUUCAUCCCUCAUUUACAAACUGACCUCUUCAGAAAGAUGCAGUUCAUGCUGUUGUUCAGCAGACAGGGGAAGCUCCGUCUGCAGAAAUGGUACGUUCCUCUGUCUGAUAAGGAGAAGAAGAAGAUCACGCGGGAGCUGGUUCAGACCGUUCUGGCCCGUAAGCCCAAGAUGUGCAGCUUCCUGGAGUGGAGGGACCUGAAAAUCGUGUAUAAAAGAUACGCCAGUCUGUAUUUCUGCUGUGCCAUUGAGGACCAGGAUAACGAACUGAUCACACUGGAGAUCAUCCACCGCUACGUCGAGCUGCUCGACAAAUACUUCGGCAGCGUCUGCGAGCUGGAUAUCAUCUUUAACUUCGAGAAGGCGUAUUUUAUCCUGGACGAGUUCCUGCUGGGAGGCGAGGCUCAGGAGACGUCGAAGAAGAAUGUCCUGAAAGCCAUCGAGCAGGCGGAUCUGCUGCAGGAGGAUGCCAAAGUAAGUUCAGCUUGCUCUUUGUGUGCGUCUCUGCUCCGGUUCUGUGUGUUGUAAAUGCAUUUGUGUCAUCAGUGAGUCAUUCUACAUGGCAGCCCACAUGCUGAUUAUUUUCAUAUCUCGCAGGAUAAUUAUAGCUCGGCUCAUCUCCAUGUGCUCCAUACAUAUCAAAUAAACCUGCUGAGCUCAGAGGGGUGCCCACAAAAUCUAUAAAAUAAUUGCAAAUGUAUAUUUAGCACACUGUUUUUAUUUGAUAAAGACUGAUAUUUGAUAGAAGACGUUUAAAUCAUGAUGUCUGAGUGGGAGCAAUGUUCUUCUCGGAUGUCACCUCUUGGCCAGCGUACAAAACCUAUAAAACAUGAUUGUAAAUUCAUCGCCAGCUUGUCUGUCGACUGUUUGUGUUGUGAUCUGAUCUGUUAUAUCUUCUGAAAGGUGUUCUGCCUUUCAAAAGUGUUGUUAAAUAU